AUGCUCGCUGUGCAGGCCCACUCCACCGCCAGGUUCACUGCGGCCACAUUCCGGGUAGCUUUCGUUUGCUCGGCCAGGAAAUAUAGCACCACCACCAGUAGUACGCCAAAGGGCAAGGUUUGGGAUUCAGUUGACGACGCCGUCAAGGACGUAAAGUCAGGAGAUGUUCUGUUGUGCGGAGGGUUCGGUGCUGCUGGCAUCCCAGAUACUCUUCUGGGUGCCCUGGCGAAGCGAAAGGAUGUUACGAACCUUACAGGUAUCUCAAAUAACGCCGGCUUCGGAGAUUCUGGCCUAGGGAAACUUCUCAACACGGAGCAACUGGGAAGGAUCGUCGCAUCAUAUCCAGGAGGGAAUAAGAAAUUCGAGGCCCUUUAUCUCAAGGGCUCAAUAUCACUCGAACUCGUACCGCAGGGAACACUCGCAGAAAGGCUCCGCGCGCACGCGGCCGGGAUUCCUGCAUUCUUUACUCCCACAGGCGCGUCAACGGCAGUUGAACAAGGUGCUAUAGCCGUCCGAUACAAACCCGGUGGCAUAUCGGCAGGCAUUGAAAUACCCGGUAUCAAAAAGGAGAGCCGAGAAAUUGGAGGCAGACGAUAUAUCCUUGAGCCUUCUAUUGCAGGCGAUGUCGCAUUCGUUAGGGCAUGGAAAGUUGACGAGGUUGGGAACUGCGUCUUCAGAUAUGCUUCUCAGAACUUCAGCACGGUCAUGGCGAAAAACGCGAAACUUACUAUUGUCGAAGCGGAAAACAUCGUCCCCAUCGGUUCCAUCUCCCCAAAUGCGAUUCAUCUUCCCGGUGUUUAUGUCGACAGAAUAGUGAAGGCAACGGCGCCCAAGACGAUUGAAAUCGUCACCCUCGCUACAUCUGGAGUGGAUGAAUCUACUCUAUCUCCCGAGAAAGCCGCCGCCCAAGCCCAGCGACGGUACAUCGCCAGCAGAGCUGCAAAGGAAAUCAAAGAUGGCUUCCACGUCAAUCUUGGUAUCGGCAUGCCCACACUUGUCCCGGAAUAUUUAGAAAAGGGCGUCCGUGUCUGGCUGCAGAGUGAGAACGGCAUUCUUGGAAUGGGACCUUACCCCACGAAGGAACAACUCGACGCGGACCUGAUUAAUGCCGGCAAAGAGACUGUUACACUCGUUCCAGGAGCUUCAGUAUUUGACUCUAGCGAAUCUUUCGCUAUGAUCCGCGGAGGCCACAUUGACAUUGCCAUUCUCGGUGCCAUGGAAGUCUCGCAAGCUGGAGAUAUCGCCAACUUUAUGAUCCCCGGAAAGAUGGUCAAAGGUAUCGGAGGAGCAAUGGACCUAGUCUCUAACCCCGACAAGACCAAGGUUCUUGUCACCAUGGAACACACCGCUAGAGAUGGACGUCCCAAGAUUCUCAAAGAGUGCUCGUUGCCGUUGACCGGAGCCAGGACCGUCAGCCAGAUUAUUACAGAGCUGGCUGUGUUCAACGUUGACCGUGCAAACGGUGGCCUCGAGCUCAUCGAUCUCGCAAAGGGAGUGACGCUUAGAGGAAGUGAAGGCCAAGACGGGAUGUGA